AUGGCCUCCCUCUACGAUACAUUCGAUUGGAAGACAUCUUCCGUACAAGAAAUAAAAGAUCACAUCAAGAAACUACGCCAUGAAAACGAUAUGAUGGACCUAAGAGGAGUGAAAAGAGACAGCAUCAGAGCGCAGACUUUGGGAGAAGGCGUCAGCUUCAAGAUCGAGAACGAAGACGGCCAAGUUUUCUUCCGCCCAAACGGCACUUUAAAGUGCAAUUCAGCACUGAACAUCGAGCUGAAGAACAAAGGAUUCAAUGGCAAAAUCUACGUUGAACCCGGCGCCUCAAGCUGGUUCACCGGUGGAUGGGCCAAAGCGCUCGUUCUGGCGGGAACAGUAUACCUGUACCGUAACGAACUUCGCGUCAUCGGCCGAGGCGUGUUGGCUGGAGCGAAUCUAGCCAUCGAGCGUUGGGAACAACGUCAGCGACAAAAGGACGGUGAUGUGAAAGGGAAAGAAGUAGAAGAGGAGAAAGAGCAAGGAAAGGAGGAGGAGGAGAAGGCAUCUGUCACGCCGAAUGAAGAGGAAGGCAUCAACCAAAAUGCCUCCAUAUACCCUCCUCACCCACCACCCGUACAGCCACCCCAAGCCGUGUACGUAUUUUCAUGUGUGCGGUGUUCUAACCCAGAAUCACCUUCACACCCAGCCCCAUACGACAGCAGUGGAUUCGACGCAGACCUGGACACGCCAACCUCACCCCAGAGCCGACGUUGA